AUGACGGCCACAACUGCUGGGAUUGCGAUCGGGAAACCUCCCCUAGCACCAUUCCAGAAGAUUGGCUUUUGUCUGUACAUCGACCCGGCCACGGUUGAAGGCACAGAGCGCAAGAACUACAUCACCGAGACGGUUGACGCUGUUCGCUCCAAGAUUCCGGACGACCAUCUUUCCAUCAACCACACCGACCAUUUUCCCCUCCGCCGCAACCCCAUAACCGUCAGCAUCGAGACUAACGAUAACUGGGAUAAGGCGAAACUGCAGAUAGCGGUGUGGCAAGCUGCCCAGUGGAACUUUCUGCGUUGGAUGGCGCAGGGCGAUGCGGACGGCGAUAGUAGUAGGGUGGGCGACAUGCGGGACGAAACGCAGGAUCUCGGUCUUGAGUUCCUUCCCGGCAUUGUCGUCAUGGGUCACGAAUGGUACCUGACAGCAACUACGAACGAUGGCAAGCGUACUCCUUCUCCCCCUCGAGCCAACCGGGCCCUCUUCGUCCUCCUCCAUCAUAAGCCCUCCCUAGACGAGGUUCUCGACAAAAACAUCUUACCGACAGCAACCACCACAACAAUGGACUUCCUCUACCGCACCCGACCGUCCUCCGUCACGGAAUCCUCCCUCCUCCGCGUCUUGUUGGCCGACCGCGUUGUCGGCGCCCUCAUCGGCUCCGCCCUCGGCGACGCAAUCGGUCUCUACACCGAAUUCCUCUCCGCCUCCGAGUCCGAGGAAGCCUACCCGCACAAGCGCUUCAUCCUGUCCCCUUCGAACCCGCAAGACCAAGUAGAACCAACACCCUUCAAACUCGACCACCACCGUGCCCCGCACACGCCCGGAGAUUGGACAGACGACACCGAUCACUGUCUACUCAUCCUGCUUUCCUUCCUACAUACGGCCAGAACACCCGGGCCCGGCGUCGCUCCCUUAACCCCCGUACCGAUUUCUUUGGACGAUCGUUUUGGUACUACCUUCGCCGCGAAGAUUGCCGCCCAACCACUCCCCACCCCUGUGGACCUCGCCAACCGCCUCUCGAUCUGGGUCCAAUCCGGCCUCCGGCCCCUCGACACCCUUCCCCUCGGCCUUGGUUCGCUCGUCGGCGCCGUGGUGAGGUCGCCCGAUUUCUUGCGCGAUCCUAUCCGCGUCGCGCGCGAGUAUUGGGAACGGAAAACCGCUCCUGGUGGUGAUAAGCUGGCGCCCAAUGGAAGUCUCAUGAGGACUGCGCCGGUGGGACUGAUGUGCGUGUGGAGGUCAGAAGAAGAGACUUUUACUGUGGCGGCGGAGUUGGGGAGGGUGACGCAUGCAGAUCCUAGGUGCGUGGUGGCUUGUGUAAUUGGGAGUGCACUGGUGAGGUGGCUGGUGAGGGGGGAGGUGGAAUCGGAAGGAAACAUAUCUCAUUUGAUACAAAGGGGGCUGGAGUGGUAUACAGCGAUGGGGGUCAACAUGGUUGGUGCGGUCGAGGAGGCGCUGGAUGAACAGGAACUAUGGAGGCAUGUGGGACAUGGGGUAAAGCUGGAAGACCUAAAGCUGGAUGAAGAGGGGAAGAUAGGCUAUGUCUACAAGACGCUCGGCGCAGGAGUUGUACUCCUUAGGAUGGCCAUGAGAGAGAGGAUGAAGGCGGAUGGGCCACGGGUGAAACAAAAACGGUUCGAACGGUUGAUCACCGGGUUGGUUAUGGAAGGCGGUGAUGCGGACACUAAUGCUUGUUUUGCUGGGGCGUUGUUGGGCGCGUUACUGGGGCGCACGGCGUUACCGGAUCAUUGGAAGAAUGGGCUGAAUCAUGGGAGUUGGUUGAAUGGUAAAGCCCGGGCGCUCUGUCGGGUUUUGGGGUUGGAGGAUGGGAGUUAUAACGGGAUGGAGGAUCUUGAUACGUACCCAGAUGGGGGAAGGGGGGUCCUGAGCAGGGAGGAAAUGAAUCGGAGGUGGAUGGAAUUGGAGAAGAGGACGAGGAGAAAGAUGGAGGAUGCCAAGAGGACUAGAGGUAUGCGUCCGUGA